AUCGUUAAAUCCAUCAUGUUUUCUCGCGUGUAAUAAGAUAAUUAUCGUCGAAGAACGUGCAAUUAAAUUUAUUGUCCUCGGCGGCAAGUCAAAAUCGAACGAGUGAUUUUUGCUUUCCUGUGACAAACAAGUUUUCUUCACACGAUUAUAUAAAAUGAAUCAUUUGAAAUAUAUUCCUCGCAUAAGUGUUCCUCGUCAUACUCCAGUCGGCGCCGUUUCGCUAUCACGUCAGCAUGCGGACAUGUAUUUGGAGAAACCAACACUCAGAUUUCAGACCGUAGACCCAAUAUCCCCGUCAAAGGUAAGCCACGGCGUCAAAUGUCGAAAACAGUUCCAUCGGAAUCUGCGACUUGUCUCGAAAGAAAGCAAACCAAUUCACAAGCCGCAAAGUGCGAGAUCCAGCCUGACGUCGUUGAACAAACAAUCGUCGGUAAAUAGUAGAAAGUUACCGCUGCGGAAAAUAGUAAAAUCAGUGUGUCAUUAUUCCACGUGCAAAAAUGUCAAGUUCGACGGCAGCGGCAUUAACAAUCGACACACGCUUCAAAGUGAUUCGAUCAGAAAGGACGCGAACGUCAUAAAUCGUCGUAACAGCGUCGUUGCGUCUAUCGGCGAACGUCCUCGAUCUUACGCGGAAAUGAUAGCCGAUUACAGCGAAAUCCUGAAAUCCAGCGCGCGAAGUGACAAUCUUUAUCUCAACAAUGGAAUACGCAAGAGCCCGUUUAGCACAGUCUCAACGCCGCCGUUGACAAAAGUUUCAAGAGUUGUCAAACGUAGCAAGAUUUCGAACAAACGGCUGAACGACGAUUCAAUUCCUUCCGCUUACGCGAGAGAGUCGUUCGAUCUUCGACAUCGCGAUGUGAACAAAAAUAUCGAUCAGGAGUGCGUCGCCACGAAGAGCGACGAUCGAUCUUACGCGAAAUUAAUCGCCGAUUGCAGCAAACACAUGCGCAAUAUGUCUCUCUCGAAUGUUACAAACAGCGGUUUGAUGUUAAAGAGCAAUGUUCUGUCCAGAAACUCUCGUAAAUCCUUCGAGAUCACUCCGACGAGAAAUGUCAGUAGCACGAACGUGCAAGAACCAAGUUCUGCUGUUUCUAGAGCGGCUAUCACGGGCGAAGAAACCGAUGAUUAUUGGACGAAAGAAAUACAAAACGUUACGAACGACUUGAACGCAGCCGUUUUCGAGAGAAAAACCGCGAAGAAUGAAAAAUUCCACAAAGCAAGAGAAAACGACAUUCCAGAAUCUGAUUUUGCUAAGUUGCAAGAUAGAAUUAACAAGCUCUCCGAAAUCAUCGAAGCUCGCAAACAGAAGAAUACAACGGUCAGAGAAGCAAACUUGCGAGAUCACAAUACUUCAUACGACACCAAGACGUCAGACAGCAAAGCAGCGAUGCCAGCGGGCGCAUCGGCGACGACGAGUUCCUCAACGAAGAAGAAGAAUUUCACGCACGUACCAAGUGGCGAUAACGCCGGCGCAUUGAAGCAACCGCAGAUGAAAUUGCGUAUGGUGCCGUCCGAGAAAGAAUCUCUAGUCUCCAUCAACGUGGAUUCGGUCUCCGGAUUAUCGGAUUCCCUGGAUUCUGCCACCAAACAGUUGUCCGUCGUUGUGCAAUCCGAUCAACAGCGAGAUUCGCAAUCGGCGGAAAAUCAACGGACGCACAAACCGACGCUUCAGCAGCAAAGCGUUAAAAGCGCGUCGCAGCGCGGCCCGAUGCGCAUUUCGAUUAGCGAGAACUCCGCGCCGAUCAAACAGAUUGAGUUUUCAAUCAACGGCAAACCGGUUUCCGAGCUGAAGAGCAUUACCGCGCGAACGGAGAAGCUAGAUGUGGUGAGCUCGAUGGACAAAAUCGAGAUCAGGAUACCGUUCGCCAAGGACGACGGUGCGAGCGCACCGAGCAAUAUCCGAGAAGAAAGCGUCUUCGCGAAGGAAACCGAUCUGAGCGGUGGGCAGAUAUUGAACGUGCAGAUAUCCGCCAAUUUUCAGAACGAAGUUACGAAGAGUCGCAUCGGACAAACAACGGAAAAGGUAAACACUAUACCACCAUCUCCACUGAACACUUCGAAGAUCAAUUACGUAUUUAAAAGUGACGAGUCGAUAACACGCCCUUCAUCGAGCAAAGAAAAACAAAUUCCUAAAAGUGAAAAGGUAGAAGAAAAGGUAGAGAUGAAAACAACCAAGAGUACUGUACAUUCCCCGGAGACGAAAAAGGACAAUACAAUUGAAUCCGAUUCUCGUUUUCCUUCGAAAAUGAUCCCCUGGUGGUCUUCUUCGGAUUCCUUCAAGAAGAUGAAGAAAAAGGACGAAGAUACAUUGAGUAAAAAAAAAAAAACUUUCUUAAAUCUUAAAUCGCCUCGAAAUCUUAUCGCAAAAUCGAAAAAAUCAAAAGAAAUUCCAAAGUCAUUUACGAGCAAAAUCCAGUCAACGAACAAUGCAAAUUGUUCUAGCAAUCCGAUUUUUUCUCCGCGUUGUACGGAUUAUCUCUCGGAAUCCAAACCGGUCUCUUACUAUCCCUCUUCGUUUCGAGUAAAACCGAAUCAGGAAAAUUCCGCCAUUAUUUCUAAAAAACGUGUUUUGCAAGCUGAAGAAAACUUGGAAGAAGAUGAUAAAAACAACUUUGAAAUUGAGCAAAUAAAACCAAUCGCGGAUACAAAUCGGCGUUUAAGUAUAAAAGAGAGGAAAUCCAUUUUGCGAAGGAGGCACAAAACGCCAGGCAACGCGAAGGACUUCUCAUUACCAGAAAAUCGCGAGAAGAAAAGGCAAUACUCGCUCAAACAGAAUCUAUUGUCUAUCGAGGAUGUAUCUAACACGAAGGUUGGAAUAAAAAAUAUUCAGAAUACUGUGAAAUCGACUGAGAAAAAGCAAGACACUUGGCUCGGUUCAAAGUUACGGGCAAAGUCAAUAGAAAGAUCGAAUAAUGACGAGUUAAUAUCAAACAGGCCUGCGGAAAAGAUGGGAGAAACGUCACAGAUGGAACAAAAUGUGACAGCAAAAGUUAAAACGCAGAAUAGAAUCAAUGUCAACAACAUACCGUACACAAGGAAAAACGAUGCCGCAGCUUUAAAUUCUCCGAACUUCAAAAGUUCCUCAAACGUGAAGCCAACAACGUUAACGAAACAGGAAAAAUUAGCCGCAAACGUUAUCGUUCCACGAGAUAAGUUCAAACCUCAGACUUCGAAGACAUUAUCGAAGGAAUCGAGCAAAAUUAAUUCACCUAUAAAAACUUCCUCAAAAGCGGUAGAAAAUUCGGCAAAAUCGCGCAACAAAGUCACAUCUGCGAACAAACUCUCGUCCUCUUCGCGAAAACAAACAAGCGCGAGUUCAAAAAAUGAAACACCUGUGACAGAGAUACCGAUUUCCGCAAACAAGGUAAAUAAAACAACCAAUGUAACAGACAAGGUCGUAUCGCAGAAUCAUCCUGAACGUCGAUAUUUGAUGUCUAAGAACGAGAAACACUUGCUGAGUGGAAAUAGUAAAGGAAAUGUUUCGAGAUCGGUUAGUUUUCCAAGAAGACCAACGUCAGAUAGUCUUCUGUCAAGCAGAUCGAAGAUGCAGAUAGAAUCUACGGAAGGACAACACGCCUUUGAGGUCACAGUUAGUCAUAUUUGACUUUCCGCAAAAUCCGAAGAACGUGGGAAAUAUUUCGAACCGUAACGCGUCAAAUGUAAUCGCCGGAUCGCGUACUGACAGA